AUGCCUAUUCCGACCAGUAAAAUCGAGUGGCACGACGACUAUGUGCAGGACGAGCGGGGCGCUCAUAAGUUCAAAAACGGAGCGUAAGUGAACCAGUCGUAACAUUUGUCCUGUUACAGGCCCGUGAACCAAAAGAUCUGUGGGUCUGUACUGGGAACAAUCGGCCGUACUCCGAUUGUACGGCUGAACAAGAUCGCCAAGGAAUACGGGUUGAAAUGCGAACUUUGUAAGUGGAGAUUCAAAAAGUUAUAAGAAUUACAGCAAUCCAAAUAAAAUUCUUCGCUGCUUUCAGAUGCAAAAUGCGAGUUUCUCAGCGGCGGCGGCACCACCAAGGACCGUGUGGCUUUACGGAUGAUUGAGCUUGCCGAGGAAGCCGGGCAGUUGAAAGAAGGCGUUACCAUCAUUGAACCUUCGACUGGUAGGACAUUCUGUAUGUGCCUUGAAUCAUUUUUAGGAAACACUGGAAUCAGCACUGCUUUGGCUGUAGCUCCAAAGGGAUACAAACUGAUCACAGUGAUGCCUGACGAUCAAGACAAGAAUCGAGAGAAGAUUCUGAAAGCGCUUGGCGCAGAGGUCGUCAAGGCCGAUAACAACGCCGAUCCAGAGAGUCCCGAAGGCUUUGUUGGAAAGUCCUAUGAGCUGGCGAAACAGCAAGAGAAUUCAAUCGUUUUAUGGCCGGUAAGUGAAUGGAGAUGAUUAUUUUUCCUUUUUUUAAAAUGCUUUAGCACCGAGAUUGCGCCAACCCCAUGGCUCAUUACGAAACCACAGCCGCUGGUAUUCUUCGGGUGUUUGGCAGCAAUGUGGAUGCUGUUGUAGUCUCUUUGAACUCUGGCGGAACUGUUUUGGGAGUGUCUAAACGAUUAAAAAAGGAGGCACCGAACUGCAAAAUCAUUGCCGCAAAAGAUCUCCCAGAGUAUUCAGUGGAUAAGUUGACUACAAUUCCCUUUGAAGGCUCAAUGGACCAAACAGUAAGUGUCCGAAAGAGGCACGAUUGAAUUGUUGUUGUUUCAGAUCUCAAUAGAAAAAGAAGUUGGUCAAAAAACGAUGGCCAAGCUACAUCAUGUUGAAGGAAUUCUCUGUGGCCCGAAAGGCGGUGUAGUUCUCGCUGCUGCGAUUCAAGUGGCCAAGACCAUGAACGAAGGCGAAAAAUGUGUGAUGAUCUUGCCGGAUGGUAUCACCAAAUUCAUGGAGACGGCUUUGAGUGCGAAUAAUCAGAAAAUAGAUAUUCCACCACCGGAUGGAACUGUCCCAACGUAAGUCAUCCCCCAAUUAUUGUUCAAUAAUAUUAUGUUUAUAGCCCCGACCAAGCACCUGAAUUUGAGUGGCAAAGGGUCCCACUUCCAUGGAAUGGAACUCGAAUUGCAAAGAAAGUUAUUUGUCAAUCUAUUCUUGAAGCCAUCGGAAAUACUCCAUUGAUCAAGUUGAAAAGAAUCCCCAUAAAGGACGGAAUUACCGCUGAAGUUUGUAAGUGAUUUUUUUAUAUUGCACUCGAUCCGUCAGAACUUUAUUUAAAAUUUUUGUUUUUCAGUGGUGAAAUGCGAGUACAUGAACCCUGGAGGAUCCGUGAAAGACCGAAUGGCUUUGAAGAUGGUUGAAAAGGCCGAGAAGGAAGGAGUUCUGAAGCCCGGAAUGACCAUUGUUGAAUCCAGUGCCGGCAACACUGGAAUUGGCCUUGCGUUGGUUGCGGCAGUCAAAGGAUACAAGUGUGUAAUUGUGAUGACAGAAAAGCAAUCCACGGAGAAGGAGCAGAUCCUCAAAAGUCUUGGGGCGUAUGUUGUGCGGACUCCUCCGGACUUACCGUAUACCGAUCCCAUGUCUCCACAUGCGGUGGUUCUGAGACUGCAAAAGACUUUGCCAGACGCGGUUCAUCUCGAUCAGGUAGGAGAUUUGGACUGGUUUUUUCGAUUUGCAUUUUAAUCGUUUUUGUUUUAUAAUUAAUAUUUUUUAGUACCGAAACGAAGCAAACCCAUUGGCCCAUUAUGAAGGAACUGGAAUAGAAAUGUUUGAACAAUGUGACGAAACUAUUGAUGCGAUUGUUAUUGGAGCUGGAACUGGCGGAACUUUGACGGGCGUGGCAAGAAGAGUCCGCGAGGAUUUACCCAAUUGCAUGGUAAGUUAAUAUAGAUGAUUAAAUUGUUCGCCUUUAGAUCUAUGGAGUUGACCCAGUCGGAUCUGCUAUCGCCGAUGGUCCCAAGGAAGCGAAGCCUUAUUUGGUGGAAGGAAUUGGUCAAGAUUUCAUUCCGGCAGUCAUGAAGAGCAACAUUAUUGAUGGCUGGAUUACGGUAAAAGAUCAGGACGCCUUCACAAUGGCCCGUCGACUCAUCAAAGAAGAGGGUCUGCUGGUUGGUGGAUCCGCAGGAGCUAAUGUCUGGGCGGCUCUGACUGUGGCAAAGAAGUUGGGCGCUGAUUCAAGAGUGGUCACGAUCCUCCCUGAUGGAAUAAGAAAUACCUUGAGCAGAGUGGUCGAUGACGAAUGGAUGAAGAGCCAUGGAUUUGAGGUCUAG